CUUAUUUCGCCAUAUUUUUAUUUUAUUUUUAUUCCUCGUUGGUGAUUUUUUUGAUAAUCCGAUAUGAAGCCCAUUAGUCGUCGUUUUUCUGCUUUCUAUAACCAUCUAGCCAAAUCCAUGGAACCUUUAAAGAACCGAGACGUCCAUCCUGCAUCGACUCUAUUUGGUGAGAAUCAAUCCAGACCAGAAAUGCUUCAUCAAUAUCAACCACAGGCCUGUAAAGGUCAAAACUCCAAUAAUCCUCGCUCCUCGUCAUCGUUGUCGAGCAAGAAGUUUGAUCAAGAUGGCAACUAUAAUUUUGUGACAAGCAAUGGAAGAGGAAGAGGAGAUGAAAACCAAAACCCUCCGCGCCCGAGUAAACUGGGUCCUCUGAGUCCCGAUUUAAGAAGUUCAUCCUCCCACAGCAGCUCCGGGCUCUUGUCACCUCGCUCCCGCAUGCCAAGCUGGAGCACGCUGGAGCCGCUUCCCGAAAUCGAAUAUGGUGAUGACAGCCAUGGCCGAGUGCCUCCUGAUGGAGCUGAGGAAAGGAGGAUGGUGGAAGAGGAGGGACAGGUGAUGGCCAAGCAUAGGGAGAAGAUGGAGCUCCAGAGAAGAAAAAGUAGCAACCGAGGCAGGGAUGAUAUGGAGGAGUUGAUGAAGCUUGAAAAUGACGACGAGUGGGGGGACAGCGGUUCCGAGUCGGACUCUGGUGGGAGCAUGUCGUCCGUUCGAUUAGAGAAAGGAAGCAACUGGUUAGCUUCAGGAGGUUUGGAGCGUAUGUCGUUCGGGGAACAAAAACCGACCCAGCACGAUUUUGAGCCCACCAGAAGCAACUGUAGAGAAUCAUCAGGAAAACGGAGAAGCUUAAACCGCAGCUCCAUGUCGGGCAGUCACCUCGGAAACCUCCUGGAGGAAGGAGCGGAGGAGAAGCACGACCAGUCGUCGGAUUCUGACGGCGAGCUUCCUGAAAUGAUGGACGCCGUGUGGACGCUGCGGGACCGCGAGAGGUUCAAGGCCCAGGAGAUGGAGAAGCACCAGGUGCAGCUGACCAUGUAUCGGCGUCUGGCUCUCAUCCGCUGGCUUCGCACUCUGCAAGGCCGCAUUGAGGAGCAGCAGAACCGCCUGCAGUCCAGCUUUGACAUCAUCCUGACGCACAGGAAAGAACUGCUCCGUAUGGGUGCCGCUGUGGUCAACGCCGCGCCGCCUGCAGCCGUGGGACAGUCAUAGGAGCACGAAUAAAAAACAAUAUAUUUAUUUCUGAGCUAAAAAAAAAUCCAAGAAAAUUAUUAGCAAGCAACAACUGGAUUAGGAAAGCAGUUUUGUUAGCAAUUAUCACUUGGACUAAAGGGGAAAUUCCUCGAUAAAAAUAAAAGUAUCAUUAAUUAGCACAAAUAUGUAUUUCCUUCUACUUGCACUUUGAAAAUGAUAGUUGACCUUGUUUUUUUUACCUAGAGAUUAAGACAAUCUAGAGUUGAUCCGUUUUGUGUUUUUUAUCUACCGAAGCAAAGUCGUAAAAAACAUUCAAUGUCUUUAUGUUGUAAGUCAAUGUGAUUGUCCAAAAAAAUAAGAAUAACUUGAUUGUGUGUAAUUAUCGUAAAAAUGUCAUUAAAUACAAUAUCAAAAUA